AUUGUCUCUACAUGUAGGGUGGGGCGGGUGGGGGGUGGCUGCGUCCCCACCCUACUGAUACAGAGACUGAGGCAGAGGCCGGAGUUGCGUGGCUUCGAGCGUGAGCUCCUCCGCGCUGGCUCACAUCCAGCCCUUUGCAGGGUGGAGAGUGCUGCAGGCCAGCGCAGGCAGGACUUGAGGGUGCGGUGUCAGCAGGGCCGUCGCCUCAGUACCCCACCCUGUGCUCCGACGGAUGCCUGUCACCGAGAGUUGCAAAGGACAGUGUGGGAUGUAUUAGGAGGCCUCAGUUUUUACCCCGGGGCAGUGCGCAAAUGAACUUUCUGCACCUGAGUUUGCCUUUUAUAUAGACAGGAGCAGGUCUAUCCAUGAGCCUGUGGGAAAGGUGUUAGAGAAACGCUCAAGGGUACAUCAGCGAGCUAAGCAGAACCCCCAGCCUUACGAUGCUUAUGCUCCAGAGGAGGGAGACCGACACAGUCAGAAAAAGUGUAUGGUAUAUUAGGUAUAAUGGAGAAAGAGGGCAGGUGUCAGGUGUGUGUUUCAGGAAAUCAGUUGGAAUUUCAGCAAAGUGGUUAUUAGGCGUCUCUCCAGGGAAACUAUGUUUGAUGAAAAUAUAGGCUUUCUUCAUCACUGUUCUGUUCACUUUGAGGCUUGUUCUGAAAAUGCAGUGCAAGGUGUUUCUUUAACUCUUAGGGCCAUUCUAGGGUACAGGUGAGGUGGCAAGGGGAGUGGGGGCAUGGCCUUUGUAAUCCCAGACAUAAUGCAGGAUCAGUGUCCCAGAAUGUUUGCUGAGCACCCAUGGUGCACUGAGCACUCCCUAGGGCAGGAGGAUGAGAGGGAAUCCAGACCAGGCCGUCAGGAGCAAACCUUGAUCCUGACAGUUGAAGGUGUGCAAACGGGUGAGCCUCAGGGGGAGGUGAGUGGGGAGCACGGGGUAGGGGGGACCUCACCAAGAGGAGGUGAUGGCGGCCUGUGAAGCAGCAGCGGGCAAGGUCAUGGGGCUGUCUGUGGGCCUGAGCUUUUGGGGAAAGGGGUGGUCCUUAGUGGUCAGUGCUGGUGGGGGAAGCAGCCAGGUGGGGACUGGGGUGUGCAGAUCCUUGUGUUUACUCAGCCUUCCGAUGACUGGGAGGCUCAGCAUCUCUGAGUGUGAGCAGGGGAGGAGGGCUGCCGACUGCUGGUCUGCACGGGUUUGCCUGGGCUGGGCUGGCGUCCUCUGCAGCGCAGGGACAGCCAGCCAGCGUCUGAGGAACAACGCCACUUCUUGCUCCUGACGGCAAGGGUUCUCUUCAGACCCAGUGGCCCAGGCCCGGUUACGUUGCCAGCGAGGAGAACCGGAUCCUUCUUCUCACUGAGCUGCUGGAGAGAAAGGCCCACUCCCCAUUUUACCAGGAGGGGGUGAGCAAUGCCCUGCUGAAAAUGGCUGAGCUGGGGCUGACGCGGGCAGCUGAUGUUCUCCUGCAGAACGGGGCCAACCUCAACUUUGAAGACCCGGUCACCUACUACACGGCCCUGCAUAUCGCUGUCCUGCGAAACCAGCCCGACAUGGUGGAGCUGCUGGUGCGCCACGGGGCUGACAUUAACCGGAGGGACCGGAUCCACGAGAGCAGCCCCUUGGACCUGGCCAGUGAGGAGCCAGAGCGCCUGCCCUGCCUGCAGCGCCUCCUGGACCUUGGAGCGGAAGUCAACGCAGCUGACAAACAUGGGAAGACAGCUCUGCUCCAUGCUUUGGCCAGCAGUGACGGGGUGCAGAUCCACAACACUGACAACAUCCGGCUCUUACUGGAAGGAGGGGCAGAUGUCAAGGCUACCACCAAGGACGGGGACACCGUGUUCACCUGCAUCAUCUUCCUGCUUGGUGAGACGGUGGGGGGGGACAAAGAGGAGGCUCAGAUGAUCAACCGCUUCUGCUUCCAAGUGACUCAGCUGCUGCUGGCGCACGGGGCUGACCCCAGCGAGUGCCCUGCCCACGAGUCCCUCACACACAGCUGCCUGAAGAGCUUUAAACUGCACUUCCCCCUCCUGCGCUUCCUGCUGGAGUCUGGAGCUGCCUACAACUGCUCCGUCCACGGGGCAGCCUGCUGGUCUGGCUUCCACAUCAUCUUUGAGAGGCUCUGUUCCCACCCAGGCUGUGCCGAAGAUGAGAGCCACGUGGACCUCCUGCGCAAGGCUGAGACCGUCCUGGAUCUCAUGGUGACCAAUUCCCAGAAACUUCAGCUGCCAGAAAACUUCGAUAUUCAUCCUGUGGGCAGCUUGGCAGAAAAGAUCCAGGCCCUCCACUUCUCCUUGAGGCAGCUGGAAAGCUACCCCCCGACCCUCAAGCACCUGUGUCGCGUUUACAUCCGGCUCUACCUUCAGCCGUGGCCUGUGGACGCCAAGGUCAAAGCCCUGCCUCUGCCCGACAGGCUGAAAUGGUACCUCCUCAGCGAGCACAGUGGCACCGUCGAAGAUGACCUCUGACUGUUUCCAGCCUAAAGGGAGCAGGGCCUGGGCGGCUCAGUCACCUGUGGGUGGGGAGUACCUGCAGCCCAUCUGCCAAAAGGUGCAGGUUGCAGAUGAGACUUGAUCCUUGCUGAGUAGCAGGAAAGCCAGAGGAGCACAGCAGCUGCAGCCAUUCCAGUGGGAAAGCCUUCUGCGUCUUCCAGGGAAACAGCGCCCCUUCCCUCUAGCAGCACCCCCAAGUCUCAACCCACAUUGGGGAAACGGGUGGGGUUUGGAUUUGGGACAAGUUCAUGCCCUCUUAUUUUGGGGGGAGCAGUGGGCAUUUAGCUUCAAGUCUGGGUCCUCCUAAGAGCUGCAGGAACCUGGUCUGUCCUGGAGACACAGCUGAAGCCAGAAUGGGGCUCGGCCGGGCCUGUGGGGUGCAAUCCAGCUUAGGCUCUUUACUUCUGCCUCUCUUCGCCCUAGAUUCUGUCACUUAACUAAAGUGCUUUUGGUGGGCUGGCAAGAAUGCCGAGCUGCCACGUCUGCAGCUCUGGGGCCGUCACCCGUGGCCCCGUGCAGCCAGGCACAGGCCUGUGCCAAGCCUGGGGUCUUAGGCAGACCAUGGCUUUUGCUAAAAAGCAGUCAUGCAUGACCAGGGACAGUCCUUUCUAAAAUGUCUCAUUUUGUGAGGGGCUCAUCUGAUGCAGAGAGCUACCAAGAAUGAAAGCCAACUACUGCCCAAUGCUGAGUCCUCACAAAACUGUUCCCAAGUCACAGUGGUCAUUGUGAAUUGUGUAAAUUGCCUUGGAAACUAGCUGAGGCAACUAAAUUAUAUGAUAUUAAACUGAUUUCUCUUGGC